UUCUGCAUAUUUUUGAACUAUUUCCUGCGCGAUACGAGUGGUGUUGAAAAUUCUACACUCCUGGCAUCGUUCCCGUUGGAAAAAUAGGCCGGAAAGGAACAAGGAACUUGGAUAACCGCAGCGCGAAAGAUCCCCUGAAAGUCCGGACUGAGACAACGAAAACGGAUUUUAAAUCCUUUUACAACACCACCGGAAUCAACUCUCAAUCAACUCCGGAGACUACAUAAAUCUACGGUCGCGAUACGGGAGUCACGGAAAGAAAACUCUCGGAAACCGGCAGGUUUUAAAAUUCGUCAUUCUGCAAUGUUCUGUUGCAAGGUCUGAUUCGAACUCUCCUUCCUGCAAUCACCGGAAGAUCUCCUGCAAUUUUGAAUGCGGAUAGCUUUUUUGGCAAAGGGAAUGAACAGAUUGUACUUCAUCGGCACAACUCACAUCCGGAACUUCCGUGCAGAGAAAGAGCUAUGGCACAAAACCAUUAACAGAAACAACUGUUAAUGGAUAAGAAACAGCAAAAACUCCCAACACAGAAAAACACAGAAAAUUGUGACAUAUGGCCUUGGUAGCCGGUCCUUAAGAGAGCAGAGGGCUAUAUUCCAUAUUAUAUAGAGUAGCUUGCAAAGGUCCAGGAAGCUGGAUCUUAAGACCCGCACUGGGGUAAAUCCUCAUUGUUAAAGAAGAAGAAGAAGAAGAAGAAGAAGAAGAAGCAAAUAUUUCCGCGGUGCUCGGAAAAUCGGGUUCUAAUCGCCUAUCGCUGGUUUUCCCACCGGCUGAAACCAUGGAUGACUUCGAUAUUUACGGCGAUCUGGAGAAGUACGAGUUGGAAGCAAAGAAGGAUUCGGCGGAAGUACAGGAUCUUUUACGGAGGGUAGCUGAGCUGGAAAAGCAGCUCGAAUCGAAGGAGCAAGAAAAGAGUGAUAUGGAGAAAAAGAAUAGAAUUUUGGCGGACAACAUAUCAUCUUUGCUGUUAACCGCCAAGGCGGAACUGAAGCGCAAAGAUACCAUCAUAGCAGAUCUAAGAAAACAGUGCGAUAAUGCGGCGUUCCGGAGAGGAAGCCAGGGACCGAAACCCGCUGGUGGCAAAAAGCGGGAGCAAGCAACACAAACCUCCAUUUCCCAUUCCAGGAAUACUGCCGUACAGACGGAUCCUUCCAAAACAGAUGAGUGCUCGGAUAGAAAACGGAAAAGUGUUCGUGAUCAAAAUGGAGAUGAUGAUGUCCGAGAAAGCAAACGGGCCCGGGUGCACGAGCACGGAACCAGCAAUCGUGAUCUAGAAAAUGACCGUGAUCGACGACGGGAAAAAGAUCGAGAACGAGAAAAGGACAGGUACCGAGAUCGUGAUACGGAUCGAUUGAGGAAUCGAGAUUGUGAACGCUCUCGUGACCGUGCAAGAGAGCGAUCUCGUGAUCGUCACAAACCCAGGACCAGCGAUCGUGAUCGUGAAGGAAUAACAAGACGAGAGCGGGAUUCAACCAAACAAUCAGAAGGUAAUCGAAGAACCGAAGUUACUGAUAGGAAAGAUAGAAAUCGUCGUGACAAUGAUGCAAGAUCACGGCACUCGAGCGCCUCGCGCGAUCAACAGGCUAAGGAGAGCGGCAGUUCGGAUCACAAAUCUGUAGCUUCGAAUGUAGAGCGCAAAUCGGUCAGUAAAGAUGGUGAGCAAUCGCAUCGAUCUAGAAUAGAACGAAGAACGCAUUCUACAUCAACAAACCAUAUGGGCGAGCGUGUUAACGAUUCAAACAAACCUGUUCAGGCACACACAGUCGUUUGCGUUAAGAUACCGGAAGAGUCGGAUCCCGCAUUAAACUCCUUACAUAGUCAUAACGUCGUCCCGCAGCAGAACCGAAAGGACAAUGACGAAACCAUUCCCGCCGAUACUGAACAUGACGGUAAGUUUCGUAAUGAUUCCAGUCCAGUAGCUAUCCCCGCUUCGAUCGAAUGCACCACUCUCGAUGCCAGUGAGGCUGCUUCGCAACACAAGUCGAACAUUAAUGAGCAUCUUAUUACACAGAACAACGAUCCGAAUGCUGAAACUGAUUCAAUUGUUUCGCAAAGCAUUACGAUAGACAACGUCAAACUCCACCAAACUCCAGCAACAGAUUUACAGGCUAAGAGUAUUACGAAUAAACCAACCAUUGUAGAGGUGUUACAACAAAAGGUUUGCGCUGCAAAUACAACGAAUAUUCAAGCUACAGAUUGUAGUCCAAUUCUGCCACGCGAAGUUACACAGGAGCUUGCAUCAGAAGACGUCAGCAUUAGCAUAGAUCUCCCAAAAACUACACCAACAGGCGGAACUGGUAAUGAAAAUGAGAGUUUAAAAAAUCCAAACGAAACUGUUCUGUCAUUCAGCCAAGGAGAUUACAACGGAGAUGAGAUCCUAGCAAGUACAAUACAAACCAGCAACAAAGAAGACACUCCGAAGGUAGAUGCUAUUGAAAAUAAUACGGUAACCGGAUCGCUAGCAGAUGCUAUUAUGGACUCUAAAUCGGCUGAGACACCGAUUGAAAGUGGAACCGAAAAGAAUCAUGCGUUGGAAGCGAAACCUAAUGAUACAAAUGCUACCACGGUGGUAGUAGAAGCAGCUGCAGAUCAAACCAUUAGCUCCGAUCAACAGAAAGAUUCAACACAAGGCUUCACUGAACCUGAAACGGCCGUUGCAGGAAGCCAACAUUCAGCAAAGUUACAAUUGCCGUUCGAAGAGCCGACAUGUAAUUUCACCGAAUGGAACGACGGUAUUUCAAGUUCGUCGAAAUAUCUAACAAAACCAGUAAAUCCGAGAAUCCGAGCAUUAAUCAAAGAAGCGGUGGUCUUUAAGAAAGCAUUAAACAACCUUAAAUUGGCCUCGAAAUUAACGGAACCUAUCGAUUUGACCGAGGCGUUAGUGACUCAAAGAAGAUUGCCUUCGAAACACGCCACGUGCAGUGCUGUGCAUAACUAUCCCUCCACAACACCAGUAACGCAGAAAAAUGCGCUUGACGGUACGGUGAACAAAACGACAAACAACCAGCUUGUUCCUUCCAGCAAUAGCCAUCAGGGUCCUGGAGCUGCCAGCAAUGUGACUAGGCAGUACAAUACAUCCAAAACUAGUAGCAGUAAUUUUGGGACUGAAUUUUUAAAGAUAACAAGCACCUGCACUAUAUCAACUUCAUCUAUCAAUAGAACGCCAGCAAGUGGAGCUGAUUGCGUUCUAUCUUUACAGCAGAUCCGUGGACAAAGUUCAACCGCGGUAAAUGGAACCAUCAACGAGUUAUCGCGCAGUGAGCCACGAGCAAGUGCGUCUCUGUCGAUAAUGGCCAAAUCUGAGCCAAACUAUGCAGUGUACACACCGUGGCGUAGCUAUUUCAAGGAUUCGAACGAUGAGAAUGAAUCUGUCGAAUUAAACAAAUCACCAACCAAAAGAGUUACACCUGUAGAGGAACAACCGGUUACUACAUUGAACGCACCGAAUCCUACAACGAAUGAUCAAAGUAGUCCUACUUACAGCGUGCCAAAUGCAGCCACUACUAAUACGCGCCACUCGGUGGACUUUUCGUUGAAGCAGGAUCAGUUGGACGAAUGCUCGGCUUCUAGUUCAACUAAUCGUGACCAACAACGGUUAUGUUUAGCAGCAUCUUCAAGCACGAAGGAAGUCGCAGCCACCUGCACUGGCACCGGAGAGUUGGCAGACUCACCCAACCAACCUACAACUGCGGAUGCUCCUACAAUCAACUCAAAGCGAAGAAUGUCGGUGGAUUGCUUACCUGAGGAUAAACGUCACCGGGCGGAGCUCUCGACAGACGCUUCGCGGUCUGCUUGUCUAUCAAAGGAAUUCUUUUCGUCUAUCGCUUUACCAAUCGUUUCGGCGCUCGAUUUCAUUCAACCUAAACCACGAUGCACAAGUACCGGUGCAAAGACCGUUCCCUCAACUCCGAAGUCCAAGGCACCAGCCCCACCGCAAACACCGCCUACACCGAUGGUGGUGUUGCAUUCUCCUGCCAAAUCGUCCCGUACUCCUCUCAAGUGUCCACCGAUGAUGGAAUCCGAGUUCGAUGCCAACUCCUCGGUUCAGAAUAUUAUGGAUUCGUUGCUUAAAACACCGAUCAAAACCGAGAUCAAUGACGAGCUGGAGCAUGAUGGCAACGUAUCCGGUAUCAACGAGUCCAUGUUUUCAAACGUGUCCGCCAUCUCGCAUGAUGUUCUCAAUAAGAGUUACUUUUCCACCGAAAACCCACUUUCUGCCGUAAAGUCCGAACCUGAGGAAGAAAAGACGCCCGUUAAACAAACGUGCGAAUUGGCGACAGUGGAUCUAGUUUCGCCGUGGCACACUGCCAUCUCCUCCACACCCGUCACGGCUACCAAAAGCAUACCACGGAUCGAGAGCGCCGACACUCGGAACGUAUCAAUAGUGCCAACCGACAUCAGCUCAUCAAACAUUUUCUUGUGUAACAGUGACCAAAUAUCACCGAACAAUUCCACAAUUGGAGUGUUUGUUGACGAGGAAAUCGUACCUAGGGAAACGACACAAAACAUUACUAAUGUUUCGUCGGAAUGUACAAAAAUCAUCCAGGAAGCUCACCAAAAAAGUCGUAGUGCUAAGAAAAAGAAAAAAAAAGAAAAGAACCCCUUGACCGACGGCAACAGGAGACGGGCGAAAAAGAAACAGCAGCGUUCUGUCGAUACGUCUUCCACCAGCUCGAAGCCAACGUCCACGAGCACGUGCACAUUUGUGCCACUACCAUCCACAAAUGAGCCACGAGAACAACUUGUACCGCAGCCUGCUCAACGUGAUUGCGCGACAAUUUCACCUGUUCCUAACAAAACCGUUACCACUGCCAACGACAUCACGCCAGCUGCUAUCACGCCACACACAAUCAAAGCCACCCGUGAGCAUCAAUCUACAGAAGUGGUAAACUACGAGACGGACGUCGCUACCGUGGGGCAAAAACCAACGGAUUGUAAAAAUUUGACGACAGAAAGCGUAAAUACUGUAAAAUCCGCACCAAGUGUUGGGGCAAACAUGAGUGCUCCCGCGGUUGGGCCAACGAUGGUGGCUGCUACUACUACUUCGGGCACCACGGACAAGGAGAAUGUGCCAUGGGUGAAGAAGGAGUCAAUCCUGAGGACGCCCGGUCAGUAUGUUACCCCGGAUGGGCCAGUCAACUUUGUGCGCGAAAUGAGGGUUGUCAAGGAAAGCCCCAAUUACAUGAGGGUGUACAUAACGAGAAAAAAGGUGUAGUAGUUGCGUGGUGCCGAAGAACGCCAACGUUUUUCCUAUCUGCAUUUGACCCAGUGGAUGACAUAGUUCGCAGAG